AAACACAGCACACUAUUCAAAAAAUGGACGAUCAACGAGAAUUCGCAUACCUCGUCGGAAUCGGAGUCACACACUCCAUCGCACCUCCCAUGCACGAGUUUAUCGCCCAGUCAUUGGGUUACAACUGGCGCUUCCUCGCCCAAGAGUGUCCGACUGUCGAAGAUGCCAUGGAAUUGUUCCAGAAGCCCAACUUCGCCGGCGGCGUGGUCACCAUGCCCUACAAGACUACGAUCAUGGCUCAUCUCGAUGGCCUGGACGAGUACUGCGUUAAGAUCGGCGCGUGCAACAACGUCUAUCGAGCGACGGACGGUUCUCUUCGCGGGACGAACACUGAUUGGCGGGGAAUAAAAUCCUGUCUGACUUUCGCUUCCGAGGAGAGCAAGGGCAGACCGGCCCUGAUUAUUGGCGCGGGAGGGGCGUGCAGAGCAGCUGUCUAUGCUUUGUAUGAAGAGCUUGGAUGCACCCCGAUCUACGUGGUGAAUCGUGACGAGGGCGAAGUGAAGGCUCUUUUGGAAGAUACAAAGCCAUACGGGAGUGGUCUUCAGAUCAUCCAUCUUCGAUCAGUGGAAGAGGCUACGAGUUUGACUGAGAUGCCAUACUACAUCGUUGGCACCGUGCCAGACUUCGAACCGCAGACUAGCGCGGAAAUCGAAGCGCGCGAUAUCCUCGUUACGAUUCUGUCAUCCUCGCGCGAGAAAGGUGUGCUUUUGGACAUGUGCUUCAAGCCGCGGAGGACUCGGACUUUGAAGCUGGGAGAAGCAUCAGAAGCCGGGUUCAAAGGCGUCGAAAUCUUCUACGAGGACCUAGAAUACGCCACGAAGAGCCACGGAGAAGCAAGCCCAGAGAAUCUCCUGGCCGCAGCUGGCGAAGUGAAAAAGCUCUGCGACGCAUACGACCUCACGAUCAUCGGCUUGCAACCUUUUCUGUUCUACGAAGGCCUUACGGAUCGAGGCGAACAUGCAAGGAAAAUAGAAAAGCUCAAAUUGUGGUUCCAAAUCGUAAAAAUACUAGGGACUGAUAUCAUUCAAAUUCCGACGAAUUUUCUGACUGAAAAUGUCACCGGCGACAUGGAUCUCAUUGUGCAAGAUAUGGUCGAGGUCGCGGACCUUGGCCUCCAGGAGAACCCGCCUGCUCGAUUCAUAUACGAAAAUCUUGCCUGGGGCACAUACAUUGAUACUUGGGACCGGAUGUGGGAGGUUGUCAGGCGAGUGGACAGACCGAACUUUGGAUGCUGCCUGGAUGCGUUCAACAUCGCCGGGAGGGUCUGGGCCGAUCCUGCGAGUAUCAUGGGAAUGACGCCAAACGCCGCAAUUGAUCUGAAGGAGUCAAUCGAGCGUCUGGUUCGGACAAUCGAUGUGCGCAAGGUCUUCUAUAUCCAGGUGGCGGAUGCUGAACGGAUGCAGUCGCCACUGACCGAAGGCCAUCCGUUCCACGUGGAGGGACAACCAGCACGCAUGUCCUGGAGCCGAAAUGCGCGACUUUUCCUAUAUGAGCAAGAAAGGGGCGGAUAUCUCCCUGUCGUCGAUGUUGCUCGCGCAAUCUUGAAGGACCUCGGGUACAAUGGAUGGGUAUCGAUGGAGUUGUUUUCGCGGACCCUGUCGGACCCCGACCAAACGGUGCCUUUUACCCACGCACAGCGGGGGAUUACUGCUUGGAAUACGCUUCGGGAGGAGUUGAACAUGUAA